AUGAUGAUGAUGAUGAUGAUGAUGAUGAUGAUGAUGAUGAUGAUGAUGAUGAUUCGGAUUGAUGAUGAUGAUGAUGAUGAUGAUGAUGAUGAUGAUGAUGAUGAUGAUGAUUUGGAUGAUUUGCAUGAUGAUUCUGAUUCUGAUUCUGAUUCUGAUGAUAAUGAUGAUGAUGAUGAUGAUGAUUCGGAUGAUGACGGUGAUGAUGAUGAUGAUACUCCUUUUGACCUUAUUUUUAUUUUACUUUAA